UUUGUCAUAGUGAGUGAGUUACUCUUUGACUAACAGACACUCUUUCUACCAUUACUACAAUUCUUCACUUUGUCUUCCCAUCCGUUAUUUUAUUUUUUCCCCUUAAAAAACCUUUUGUUUUCACCUUUGAAGCUACCUUUAUAACAUUAUCAUCUAUUCCUUAGAAAUUGUACAAUUACCACAUUAUUAUUAUUAGUGACUCUAAUUCAAGCCAUGUCUCCUUCCAUCCUUCUUUUCCUUUCUCUAUUCGCAAUUGCAGACUCGCAGUCCUUCGUCGGAGUUAACUACGGUCAGAUCGCCAACAAUCUACCAGCACCUGAAGUCUCCGCCAGGCUUCUCCAAUCCACCACCAUCGGUAAAGUUCGCAUUUACGGCGCCGAUCCUGCAAUUAUAAAAUCUCUUGCUAAUUCCGGCAUCGGAAUCGUCAUCGGGACCUCAAACAGCGAUAUUCCAAGUCUAGCUUCCGAUCAAAACGCGGCGAAACAGUGGGUAAACACAAACGUGUUGCCUUACUACCCUGCCAGUAACAUCAUUCUGAUUACCGUCGGUAAUGAGGUUUUAACCUCCGGUGAUCAGGGACUCGUGUCACAGCUUGUGCCAGCAAUUCGAAAUGUCCAAACUGCCCUCAGCUCGGUGUCGCUUGGUGGAAAGGUGAAGGUAUCCACCGUACAUUCAAUGGCGGUCUUGUCUCGGUCGGAUCCACCUUCGUCCGGGUCGUUCAACCCGGUUUAUCAAAACACACUCAAUCAGUUACUAGCGUUUCUGAAGGAUAACAAAUCCCCGUUUGCGGUUAAUCCGUAUCCGUUUUUCGCUUACCAGAGUGACCCGAGACCCGAAACGCUUGCGUUCUGUUUAUUUCGACCUAAUUCGGGUCGGGUUGAUUCGGGUAACGGAAAGCUUUAUACCAACAUGUUUGAUGCUCAGGUUGAUGCUGUGCAUUCUGCUCUUAGUGCAAUGAAGUAUGAUGACAUUGAGAUUGUGGUUGCUGAAACAGGAUGGCCUUCUAGUGGGGACAGCCAUGAAGCAGGACCAAGUGUAGAAAAUGCCAAGGCCUAUAAUGGGAACCUUAUUACUCAUCUUAGAUCAUUAGUUGGUACACCUUUGAUACCUGGAAAGUCCGUCGACACUUACAUUUUCGCACUCUAUGAUGAAAACCUCAAAUCUGGCCCGGGAUCCGAACGCGCAUUCGGCCUUUUUAAAACUGAUCUUACCAUGUCAUAUGAUGUCGGCUUGGCCAAAUCUAGCCAACAGAAUCCGCCGCCAACUAGUCCAGUUACUCCAGCACCUAGCACUUCAUGGUGUGUUCCAAAAGCAGGAGUUUCUGAUGCUCAAUUGCAGGCCAAUAUUGAUUAUGCAUGCAGCCAGGGAUUAGAUUGUAGACCAAUACAACCAGGAGGAGUAUGUUUUGAACCAAACACAUUACAAUCCCAUGCUGCUUUUGUAAUGAAUCUAUACUACCAAAUAUUUGGUAGAAAUCAAUGGAACUGUGAUUUCUCUCAAACAGCAACACUCACAUCCCAAAAUCCAAGUUACAAUGGUUGCAAUUAUGUUGGUGGGAGUACCUGAAAAGCAGAUGUUUCAGUUUGACCUUAGUUAAUAAAUUUUGUCUAAAUAAACUAUUAAUUUUAAUUUUAGUUUUAAUCAACAAAUAAGGGCUUAUCCUCGGCCCUUUUUUAUUUAUAACCUUUUAAUUUAGUAUGACUUUAAUUGUAAAGGCAUUUCGAUUCUGCCUUAUUCUAUUUUCUUCUUAAUAGUAUCUCCUUUGGUUUUGAGCA